CAGAGUAAAAGCUGUCUUGAGAACCUGCAAAAAAAAAAGAAAAACUGACAAAUAUUUCUAGAAAUGGGAGCAGCUUUGAGAUCAAUGUAUGCCAACAGCAAGUACGAAGAAGUCCGAGAAGAAUGGGAGGAAGAUUACAGUCCUCAGAGGUUUUCUUACAAAGGUCUAUACAAAGCCACCAAAGGGUUCAAAGAGAGCGAGUUGCUUGGUACAGAGGCAAACGGGGCAGUCUACAGAGGAAAGCUCUCGUCCAAUGCACAUAUCGCUGUGAAACGAGUUUCAUUGGAUGCAGAGCAAGAUACGAAGCACCUUGUUUCUCAGAUUGUUGGUAUUGGCAAGUUAAGGCACAAGAACCUUGUGCAGCUCUUAGGAUACUGCAGAAGAAAAGGUGAAUUACUAUUGGUCUAUGAUUACAUGCCUUAUGGAAACCUGGAUGAUUUCUUGUUCAACGAAGAGAAGCCUAAGCUAAGUUGGUCCCAAAGGUUACACAUCAUCAAGGGAGUGGCUUCAGCUCUUCUUUAUUUGCACGAGCAGAUCGUUCUCCACAGAGAUGUUAAAGCCGCGAAUGUACUCUUGGAUGAGGAUCUAAACGGACGGCUAGAUUUUGGCCUGGCUAUAUUCGGCACAAACAGGAACCCCAUGCUUGGAAGCGUAGGGUAUGUGGCUCCCGAGCUAAUCAUCACCGGAAUGCCAACAACCAAAGCCGAUGUCUAUUCAUUUGGGGCUUUAUUACUUGAGUUUGCAUGUGGGAGAAUGUUCAUAGAGUAUCCAGGGAAGCCUGAAGAGUUUAAUCUAAUCAGCUGGGUGUGUCAAUGCUCGAAAAGAGGUAACUUGGUCGGUGCCCGAGACAUUAGAUUGGAAGGAGAUUACGUCAGCAAAGAGAUAGAGAUGGUACUGAAGCUUGGGCUACUCUGUGUACAGUACAACCCAGAGGACAGGCCAAGCAUGGCACAAGUGGUGAGUUAUAUUGACGGAAAUGCUGUUUUGCCUGAGAUGCCUCCAGACACUCCUGGGAUCAGUAUUCCCACACCUUACCACGAAGUUCUGGCCUAG